CAGCUGCCUUUCAGUGUCACCCAUCAGUGCCACCUAUCAGUGCCAGUCAGUGCUGCCAAUCAGUGCCACCUAUCAGUGCCAGUCAGUGCCGCCUAUCAGUUGCCGCCUAUCAGUGCCCUUCAGUGCUACCUAUCAGUGCCGCCUGACAGUGCCAGUCAGUACCACCUAACAGUGCCAGUCAGUGCCAUCGAACAGUGCCAGUCAGUGCCGCCAAUCAGUGCCACCUAUCAGUGCCAUAUAUGAGUGCUGCCUUUCAGUGCCCAUCAGUGAUGCCUGUCAAUGCCCAUCAGUGCCACCUACCAGUGCCUCCUCAUCAGUGCCCAUCAGUGCCACCUAUCAGUGCCCAUCACUACAGACUCAUUAGCGCACAUCAGUGCAG